AUGAAGUACACGCAAAUUAAUCGCUUCGUGGCUUUCGUUGUUAUACUGGCAUCGACUGCCACUGCCGCAUACUUUCCAGGCGGCCUUCUUGCCGCCAAGUAUACCUCAUUUGAUAAGCGUACCAUCCCAGCAGCAGAUAGUGAUGGUAUUUGUUACACCUACACUGUUGAAGCGGGAGAAACCUGUGCCAGUAUUGCCAAAGCCUUUGGUAUCACGGUAGCCGAGAUCGAAAAGUACAACUCCGAUGUAUAUGCCUGGUAUGGCUGUGAUGAUUUGUAUCAAGGAGCCUUUAUUUGUCUGAGCACCGGGUCUCCUACCAUGCCUGUUGCUCUUCCGCAUGCUAUAUGCGGCCCCCAGGUACCAGGAACAAUUCGACCUGCUGAUAUGUCCAAGUCCAAUCUCGCUUCUCUGAAACCUUGCGCUUGGGAUCAUUGUUGCUCAAUCAAUGGUCAAUGUGGAACCACCUCGGGCUAUUGUAGUUCGUCAAAAUGUAUCUCCAAUUGCAAUGCAGAAGCCGCAAGCGCCGCGACUACAAAGAAAUCUUCCAGCAAAUCAUCAACUAGCACAACCUCCACGAAAUCGACUACCACUUCUUCGAGGUCUACAAGUACGACAUCCGCCAAGUCAUCGACUUCAUCAAUGAAAGAGAAAGAAACAUCAACCAGUACGACUUCAGCGGCCUCGUCGACAGAAACGUGGUCAAUUUCAAUAUAUGACAAGUCUAGUUGCGAUGCAGGCGGAACCGGCUACUAUGUUGUUGGAGGAUUCAACAUUAACUCAAAGAGUAAAUGCUUAACCUUAAGCGGAGGUGACAUGACCACUGAUGAUAGUGGCCCUGACCCGUGGUGCCAGUGGUAUUCUGGAGAGGGCGACGAUGGCUAUACGAGUUGUGGAUCGUCCAAACUUACCGUGCCCGGGUCCUAUUAUAUCUCCGCUGGUCAAUGCUGGACAUAUUCCGAUGAUGCUUGUCAGGAUUCCUCGGGAGAGAUAUAUAAUCCUAAUAUCGGGUGUCAAUAUUGGCUUAAGACAAGCUGGAACCCUAAAACUAUUGGUUCUAUGGAAUGUACAUAUAUUCCUUGA